CUCGAGCUGCCCAGCUGAGAGCGGAGCGUCAUGGCGGUGGAGAGUAAAUGACACUCAAUGUUUACAUUCCGUUAACCGUCACAUUCAUCGUUUCACGCGUGUUUUACAUCUUCAGUGACUGACAGCAGACCAGACUUUCUCUCCGUAUUUGGGGCUGUGUUGACUUUUACAAAAGCAGGACUGCGAUCUGCUGGUUUCUGCCCACCCUUCUCAGGACCAUGGUUGAAGAGGAUGAGAGUGUGAAGGCCAAUGGCAGCCAUGAUCUACACCUCCAACAUUUACAGGUGUCGUGUCCUCUGUUGAACGGCGAGCGUGUGGAGUACGAGGGGGCCGCCGGGGGGUCCGUCUUCACUUUAACCAACUACCGGCUUCACAUCCGAACACAAGACGACAUCAUCAGUGUUCCUGUUCAGCUGGUUGAGAGCGUGGAGUGUCGUGAUGUGACUCAACUGCAUCUCGCCUGUAAAGACUGUAAAGUGAUCAGAUGUCACUUCCUGUCGGCAGAGCAGUGCCAGGAUUGGUCGAGAAGAAUGAACGCCUCCGUGCGUCCACCGGUCAGACUGGAGGAGGUCUGUGCGUUUGCGCUCCUCUCGUGUAGCGAGAGCACGGAGGAGAGAGAAGUGCAUGAUGGGAUAUGCCGUACAGGAGGACCUCAGCACAGGUUUAAGAGUGAGAUGGAGAGGAUGGGCUUUCACACACACGGUGACUGGAGAAUCUCCAACAUUAAUCACAACUACAGGUUGUGUUCCAGUUACCCGCAGCAGAUCCUCGUACCGGCUUCAGUCUCAGACCAGCAGCUAGAGAAUGUGGCAGCGUUUCGAUCGUGGAAGAGAAUCCCCGCUGUCGUGUACAGACACCAGAGUUCGGGCGCUGUGAUUGGUCGCUGCGGGCAGCCGGAGGUCAGCUGGUGGGGUUGGAGGAACGCAGACGAUGAGCAUUUGGUGCAGUCUAUCGCUAAAGCAUGCGCUGCGGAUCAGAAGCUCUUGAUAAUGGAUGCGCGGUCAUACGCAGCCGCAGUAGCCAAUCGGGCGAAAGGAGGCGGCUGUGAGUGUCCAGAGUAUUACCACGGCUGUGAGGUGAUGUUCAUGGGCAUGGCCAACAUUCACUCCAUCCGCAGGAGCUUCCAGUGUUUGAGGGCUCUGUGCGCUCAGGUUCCCGAUCCGCUGAAUUGGCUGUCCGCUCUGGAGAGCACAAAGUGGCUUCCGCAUCUGUCUCUGCUGCUCAAGGCGUCGCUGCUGGUGGUGAACGCUGUAGAUCGAGACCACCGGCCCGUCCUGGUGCACUGCUCGGACGGCUGGGACAGGACACCUCAGAUCGUGGCGCUCUCCAAACUGCUUCUGGAUCCUUUUUACAGGACAAUCAAGGGUUUCCGGGUGUUGGUGGAGACGGAGUGGCUGGAUUACGGUCACAAGUUUGCGGGUCGCUGUGGUCACGGUGAGAACGCGGAUGAUUUGAAUGAGCGCUGUCCCGUGUUCCUGCAGUGGCUGGACUGCGUGCAUCAGCUGCAGAGACAGUUCCCGUGUUCCUUUGAGUUCAACGAGCCGUUUCUGGUGAAGCUGGUCCAGCACACGUACUCCUGUUUGUUCGGGACGUUCCUGUGUAACAGUGUGAAGGAGAGAGAGGAGCGGCGGCUUCACCAGAACACCUGCUCUGUGUGGUCUCUGCUGCGGCCUGGAAACCCCGCCUUCCACAACAUCCUCUAUUCACCUCGCUCAGAGACGGUUUUGCAUCCGGUGUGUCACGUGAGGAACCUGAUGCUGUGGAGUGCCGUAUACCUGUCUAACUCCGCCCCCUCCACGCCCUCGGAUGAGUCAUGCGUGCCACAAUCCGCCCCCGUGUCGCCUGAGGACACACCUGUGAGCAGGUUUCCAAAGACUCACUCGUGCGACGACUUCCCUGCAGCCUGCGAGACUUCCACGACACAGAAUCACAACCGGAAUGACCGCCGGGUAUCACUGGACAUCGUCAUGACAACAGAAUCUGACCGAAACAGUUCAGAAUACAGCGCCGAAGACACUCACAGUCCUUCUGAGUCGACGCUUGAUGACAGAAUCGACUGCGUGGAAACACAAGACGGGCGUCUGCCAGGAAACAGCACACAAGGGGCGGAGCUCUGCAUGGAAUCUGAAGUGAUUGACAGUCAGAUGGACCUUCAGAGCGACACGUCUGCGUUCAGACGUCCAGAGGAGGAUUCAGUGGAUUCUUCUUCAUCAGACGACAGUAAUGUGAGCGCCGGAGACCAAACAUCUGACGUGUCCGAGGAUGUUAAAGACGGAUCCUUCACGUCCACUCAUGAUGAUAGGUUACACCCAGAAGUCGUUCUUACUAACACGUACGGUCUUGAUCUCUCACAAUCUGACAGCAGAUCUGUAUCAGAAAACAGCACAGAGAAACCUCCAACCACCACACCACAGACUCCUGAGGACGUCUGCGCACCAGAAGACGGACAGACUUCACACAGAGUUCUAGAGAGAGGCCUUGUGGCGUCCCAGCGGUUAACAGCAUCAGAACACGUGGAUAAAGACGGGCUGAGUCUGAACGGCGAUGCUGUCCAUGCGCGACUGAGACAGACGGAGACGGGGAACGGACUGCAGGUGGACAUGCUGAAGCUGCAGAAGCUCUGGAGCCGCCUGCACGUCAAUGGAAAACUGACGUCUCUCCCGGACGCUGAGAAUAACACGGAGUCUGGCUGUUUACCGCGGUGCGGGAUUGAAGCCCUGUCAGAGUCCGGCUGGCAGAAGAUGGAAGAACAGGACUCAGAGGUAACGCAGUGGUACCCGGAUCACCCAGCAUCCCGUUGCUAUGGUUGCGAGAGGAGGUUUUGGCGGGCUGUGAGAACACAUCACUGCAGUGGCAGAGAAGCUGUUGAGGAGGACUGGAACUGUGGAAACGUGUUCUGCGCCAGCUGCUGCGACCAGAAGGCGGCACAGAAUCAACAGCUCUGCGAGUCGAAGUGCGCGUGCCAGCUGUGUAAUGGGCACCUGCGGCCCCCAGCUGCGCCCCCCGCCGACCUCGAGAAAGCCAUCACUGCCAGUUCAAACUGAAGGACACGGAGACAUGUGACAUCAUCAUGAAGGAACAGUUUCUUGUAUUGUGACGUCCUCAUGUGAAACACAGAUGAUGUUACUCCGUAUGUGAGAUUAUAUAUGUGAUUUAUACCAAAGCAAGAACGAUAAACUUGAAAAUGUGAAUAGCUCGCAGAUAAAUCAGGGUCACUAUGAAACAAUGUUCUGUGAGGGUUCCACAGAAAUUCUGCUUUUGUGUUUCACAGAAGUCAUAAAAGUUUAAAGGGAGACUUCAUGAUGACAUCCCUUCUACAUACACAUUCUACUUUUAUUCACAUUGACCGCUUGAAUCCUGUUGGAAUCGGUCUGGUUCCGAAAGCGCUUAAAUCCAGAGCUAGAAGAUUUUGCACACUUGUGAAAUGUAUAUGUAUAUAAUGUCACGUGUACAGCCAAUGAAAAUGAAAGAUUAAACACAAAUACUAAAGGACUUGAGCUUCGUGAACUAGCAGAGCCGUGUUUCAAUGACCCAUCUCCUGUAAAUCUGUGGCUUUGCUCUCUGGACGUGUAUGAAAACUCCUGUAAUGCUGCUCGUGAUUUUCUCUCUCGUGUACCAGCCGCUCGCCUGCUGCCGAUGCUUCUGGGAUCUGAGGAGAUUGUGUGAAUGAAAUUAAAGCACAACACACUGCCAAGCUGAUACUGCUGUCUGACUGACUCGCCACAAAAAUGUUGUCAUUCUCUUUCAUGUGGUUCUAAACCUGUUAGCAAGUCUUUUGUCAGUGGAAAACAAAAUAAGAUAUUUUGAGAAAUGUGUUUUGCCUUCCUUCAAUGGAAGUCAACGUUCUUUAAAAUAUCUUUUUUGUGUGCGGAAGAUGAAAGUCAUACAGAUUUUACAUGACAUAAGAUCGAAUAAAUGAUGAAAGGAU